UAAGGAAUCGUUUUGUUUUUUUUAACUAACUGCUGACGUCAGGGAAGGACAAAUUGAUUUACCGCGAGGUCAUUCAGCCCCUGUGAGCUGCCGGUUGCCGAAGAGCAGAGACGCCAUUUUAAGACAUCUAGACACCACCAUGUACCCGAGCACUCUCACGCAACUGUCCCGGGCGAAUCCCUUCAACUCCCCGCUCUUCUCCCUUAAAGAAAUCGAGGAGCCCAAACAAAGCCUUUGCACAAAUGGACAGAGUCGCAACCUCGCUGCGGCAGCAAUCGCCGACUCUGAGGAUGUGAGCUGUGAGUUUGGCUCAACAAAGUACUAUGCCCUCUGUGGCUUUGGGGGUAUCCUGAGCUGCGGCCUCACACACACAGCUAUCGUACCCCUCGACCUUGUCAAGUGUCGCAUUCAGGUGGACCCUGACAAGUACAAGGGCAUCGGCAAAGGCUUUGCGCUGACACUGAAGGAGGAUGGGGCCCGGGGGCUGGCUAAGGGCUGGGCCCCUACUUUCAUUGGCUACUCCAUGCAGGGUCUCUGCAAGUUUGGCUUCUAUGAGAUGUUCAAGAUCUUUUAUAGUGACCUGCUCGGGGAGGAGAACACCUACCUGUGGAGGACGUCUCUGUACCUGGCAGCAUCUGCCAGCGCAGAGUUUUUUGCUGACAUCGCCUUGGCCCCAAUGGAGGCAUGUAAAGUUCGUAUCCAGACCCAGCCUGGCUAUGCCAACAACCUCAGACAAUGUGCCCCCAAGAUGUAUGCCGAGGAGGGGGUCUGGGCGUUUUAUAAGGGAGUUGUCCCCUUGUGGAUGCGGCAAAUCCCCUACACCAUGAUGAAGUUUGCCUGCUUUGAGAGGACCGUGGAGUUGCUCUACAAACACGUGGUGCCCAAACCCCGUGCUGACUGCACCAAGUCCGAACAGCUGGUCGUCACCUUCACUGCCGGUUACAUCGCUGGUGUGUUCUGUGCCAUCGUGUCCCACCCAGCGGACUCUGUGGUGUCGGUACUGAACAAGGAGAGUGGCAGCACUGCCACCCAAGUGCUCAAGAAGCUUGGACCCAGGGGUGUGUGGAAGGGCCUGGUUGCCCGUAUCAUCAUGAUUGGUACCCUGACUGCCCUUCAGUGGUUCAUCUAUGACUCUGUGAAGGUCUACUUCCGCCUGCCCCGCCCCCCUCCCCCUGAGAUGCCAGAGUCCCUCAAGAAGAAGCUGGGGCUUACAGAGUAAAGAACACUCCAACUCCCCCCAAACGUAAUCUCCUGGACCCAAUCACACCACACUCCUUGGGCUUCAGCGCCCAGCUCUGUUGUCUAUAUUUAUGUUCCUAUUACAGCUCCUGUGUUCUUCGGGACUAGGCUUAUUCCUGUGUAUAUUUAAGAGGGGUCACGGGGGGAACGGUCUCCCAUGCACUGAGUGACAGGCGAAUAUACUGUAGACAUGUUCUGGUUUUAUUGAAUCCUGUUAUUAGUUUGUGGAAAAUAUAUAAUUAUUAAAAAGUUUCCCUCAAA